GUCGGCACGGUAGUAGCUGGGCGGGGACUCGACCGCAGAAGGAAAAUGUCCGCGGUGCCUGACGGGAAGAAGCUGGUUCGCAGCCCCAGCGGCCUGCGCAUGAUCCCGGAGAACGGAGCCUUCACCUGCCCGUUCUCCCUGGACGAGCCGCGCUGGGUCCCCGACAAAGAGUGUCCGAGGUGCAUGCAGUGUGACACCAAGUUCGACUUCAUCAGAAGAAAGCACCACUGUCGGCGCUGCGGCCGCUGCUUCUGUGAUAAAUGCUGCAGCAAGAAGGUGGCGCUGCCCCGCAUGUGUUUCGUGGACCCGGUGCGACAGUGCGCCGAGUGCGGCCUGGUGUCGCAGAAGGAGAUGGAGUUCUUCGACAAGCAGCUCAAAGUUCUCCUGGGAGGCGCCACUUUCCUCGUGACUCUGGGGCCGUCAGAGAAGUCCGAGACGAUGACGUGUCGCCUCUCCAACAACCACAGGUAUCUGUUCCUGGACGGUGAAAGCCACUUCGAGGUGGAGAUGUCCCGGAUGUCCACCAUGCAGAUCCUGACGGACGGGACGAGUCCAGGAGAGAAUGACAUUCACACUUACACCAGUCUGCUGGACAGUCACUGUGUAUCUGAAGGAGGGACGUCUCGGGCCAGCGGCAUGCUGCUCCACUACAAGCCGAUGGGCUCCCAGGACGCCCAGCAGCUCCGCAUGGAGGCAGCGGACGACAAGAAGGUGGCCUCGCUGUGGUUGGCUGCAAUGCACAAGGCGGCCAAACUGCUGUAUGAAGCUCGGGACCAGUGACGUGCAGAGCGGCUGCGGGUCGCACCCUCCAGGCAGCGCACACCCAAGUGUUUUGUCCCCGUCUCACCGGGGGUUCGAUAUCUUUUGGAUUUUUAUCAACGCCGGUUCUGCUUCUGCUUCUGCGUCUGAUUCCUCGUCGGUUCUUAUUAUCAUGCUAAUUUUUUUCAACAAAGAAAUGUUUAUAUAGAAAAACAAACUUUAUUACCUCUUUAACCAGUGCAUCAUGUUUACCACACGGAGGCUGAUUGUUCUUCAUUUUGCUUUAUGAUUUCUGAUCUUGUGCUGCGGCCGGUCUUUGCCAGGUCUUGAACAGGAGAUUCUUCAAUGGGACUUUCCUGGUUUAAUUCAAAUGAAGUAACACAUGAAUCAGGGGAUGCAGCAUUAACGUUUAAACCUAAAAGUGUAGUCACUACUUUCUUUUUCCAAGUUAAACUUUGACGUCUGUGACAUUAUUAUCUCAUUAUCCGUCGUUCACGACGUCAGAAAGUUGUUUCACGACGACACAAUAACUUUAUAUGCUGCUGUUUAUUAUUUGUGUGUGUGAGGGAGGAUUUUAUUUCCUGGUAGAAGUGAUGAGACACUUUCUUGAUCCCUGUGGGGACGUUUUGGGAUGUUUUUAUUUUUGCUUAAGGGACCUUCAGCAGAUCUUCCAGAUUAAACCUUGUCGCCCGCAGGUUAAAGGACAGAUCCACCUUAAAUCCCUUUAAUGAGGAGAGAGGAGCAGCCAAGUGUGAUUUACUCUGAGUGACCGUGUUGCUCUGUAGCUGCUGGAUAUGGAGACGACUUACAGUACAUACAGGAACUCUUGAAAGGCAUUCUGGGAAAUGUAGGUUCCUCUAACGGGAGCAGAAGCAGGAAGAGGCAGGAAACUUUCAGAAUAAUCCCUGAAACGCAAAGAACAUCACAGAUUCAUUCACUUUCUAUAAAAGCGACGUCAGGCGGUGGAUCUUUCCUUUAGUCGUGCGACCGUUUUAGAUUUAGAUUAUUAAAACGUUCAGGUGACACGUUAACGUUUUCAGAAUCUUUUCUCUCUGCUACGAGUAUUUACAGAUUACAGAUUCACUGAUUCUAGUGAAACACAGACACAGUAAAAUGCUUUCAAUGUAGUUUCAUGUAUUGAAGUUUUGUACGAGCUAUUUUGUUUAAUAUUCCUACUUUAACACAAGUUGUGUUCGUACCUAUGUAAUUUUUUAAUCUGAAGUAUGACGAUAGUUUUUGUAAAACUUGUAUACAGCUCUUCCUUUUCUUCCUUUUUCACAUUUUUGUCCUCGUCAUCGUGCAGAGCCGCAGCCAGGACGUCAAACCGCCAGCGUCCGUCAGCCAGUCACGUGUGGUUGAGUUGGAAGGUUCGCGAGUUCGACAGGUUGUUAGUUGUGCUUCCGAGGAAAUAUUCAAAACGGAAACUUAGUCCUGACUCAGAGGGUGAAAGUGUAAAUCCAAUUUUAACCAGAGCAAGAAGGAGUUUACUUUUGUGCUGCAGCUUUCUGUGUUUCUGAAAAUCAGAUUCCAACUUCACGUCGUUGAUAUUUAAGGUUUAACGUUCACAGAUCAAUUCCCUGACGUUUGUUAUCUCGCUCACUUCAAGUUCCCUCGUAAAGUUCUGAAGAAAAAGAUUUGAGCCACAGUUUGACGCUAAAACUAAAUCCACACGUGCAUCUGUAACAUUCAUAACCUCGAAAAUACAUUUUAGCUUUAACAUGAAGUGAAUUUGUGGAUUUAACAGAUUCAUUCGAGUUGAUGCAAGAUUGUAAAUUAAGCUCAAGUGUUUGGCUCAGGAGAUUUUACUGUUAAACUUCGACCAUGAGGUGAAAUCUGCUCAGUGGACUUUGAGUUUAAUUCACAACCCUGCACGACCUUAGAUCUGAUCCAACACCCCAGUGAAAAGUGUAAAAUGAUAAAUGUACAGUUUUGCUUCAGUCGCUGACACUUGGUGCUUUAAGUAAUUUUCCGUUUUUUUAAAAAUACCUGCCUGCAGCCGUGUGUCUUCCCUUCCUGUCUGAGCUUGAAGACGGUUUCGGUUUAACGUGGCACAGACCGGUUUGUCGACCUUUCGUGUCGCAACGGAGUGAAAACUGCUUCCUCCUCCUCCACUUUGUAACGUAAAGUUUAUUUUUAUAUGCUGCUCACCUAAGAAUUGAAAUCACGAGCUGUCGCUUUGGUUCGAGGCUCCAGAUCGAAGACGGAGGAGAAGGUUGUGAGGAUCUGGGGAAACAGUCGGGGGUUCGAUGUUUAUCCAGUUUGUUCAACACAGUCGACGUCUAAAGAUGUCGAUUCUCUUCCAUUAUACUUCUGUUUGCUUGUGGAGAUUAUUAUCUGCACAGUUUCUGUUGUAAGUUUGCACCACCUGUAAAAUCACCAAGUUCGUGUUGGCCCCCCCACUCUGUGAUCUCUGCCCCUUUUUCAUCCCACGUCUGGUUUUAUUCUUCUGAAAAUGCUUCACUUCACCUCCUGUUGGAUUCUUCUGUUGAGAAUAAAAUGAAGUGUUUAUACGUC